UGCCGCUGGUGGGACUGCUAGAGACUAGAGAGUAGCAACAGAGCGGAUGAAAGAACGAGAAUCAUUCUUGGAUGGACAGUGGUAUCGCGAUAAAGUACAGUCACGGUCCAGAUAGGGUAGACUGGAAGCGAGGAAGAGGAGAGAGGAGCGGUGAGAAAGAGGGAGAGAGAGCGAGAGCGGGCGCGUGCGGCAAAGUCGGUGUGGCGUGCGGUGAAGUUUACUGGCUUUAUUAAAGUGUAGUCGGACGGGUUGAAAAACAAUCGACGGACAUAAUAAGGCGCCCCGUGAAGUCCGAUGUCUAGUGCUGAGGUGGUGGAAAGCUCCGUUGACCCCCCAGCCAAGAAGCGACGCGUUGCUGCCACCACGGGAGGAGCCGACGACUCGACGACGAUCACAGACAUGGCGAAAAAUGGCUCUACGUCUCGGGCUCCCGCCGAAAUUGAUGAGGGUCUCUACUCCAGGCAGCUCUAUGUUCUUGGUCAUGAUGCGAUGCGUCGUAUGGCAUCCUCCGAUGUUCUGAUUUCUGGCCUGGGUGGUCUCGGCGUUGAAAUCGCGAAGAACGUCAUCCUCGGCGGCGUUAAGUCCGUUACCUUACACGAUGACGCGUUGUGCCAGAUCUCCGAUCUCGGCUCGCAGUUCUACCUCAAAGAGGCAGAUAUAGGUAAAAAUCGAGCUGCUGCCUGUUGCCAACGCUUAUCCGAGCUAAACAAUUAUGUUCCCACUCGUCAUCACAGUGGCCCUCUGACCGAUUGUUACAUUAAAAAAUUCAAGGUUGUUGUAUUAACCGAAACUUCACAGGAUGAACAGCUUCGUAUCUCUGAAAUUACUCAUGCAAACGAUAUAGCACUUAUUAUAGCAGAUACCAGAGGCUUAUUUUCUCAAGUUUUCUGUGAUUUUGGGAAUUCGUUCACUGUAGUUGAUACUACGGGUGAACCACCCGUAAGUGCAAUGGUUGCUAGUAUUUCACAAGAUGUUGAAGGUGUUGUCACAUGCUUAGAUGAUACACGUCAUGGCAUGGAGGAUGGGGACUAUGUCACAUUUUCUGAAAUACAAGGAAUGAUAGAACUAAAUGGUUGUGAUCCAAUCAAGAUCAAGGUCCUUGGUCCUUAUACUUUCAGUAUUGGAGACACAUCUAAAUAUUCCGAGUAUAUACGUGGUGGUAUAGUAACUCAAGUUAAGAUGCCAAAGAUCCUGCGUUUCGCUCCUCUGAAAGAUGCCAUGAAGAAGCCUGAAUUCCAGAUUAUAGAUUUUGGGAAAUUUGAUUAUCCAGAGCAGAUACAUUUAGCUUUUACGGUGUUGCACCGUUACAAAGAAACAAAAGGGAAAUUACCUAGACCAUGGAAUCAGGAGGAUGCGAAUGAGUUCUUAGCUUUAGCUAAAACAAUGAAACAGGAAGUAAGCAGUGAAACAGAAAUCAAUGAAGAUCUGUUGGAAAUAUUUGGAAAGAUAUCUUCUGGUAACUUAUGUCCAAUGAAUGCUACCAUUGGAGGAAUUGUAGCUCAGGAAGUGAUGAAGGCUUGUUCUGGAAAGUUUCAUCCCAUAUAUCAGUGGCUAUACUUUGAUGCUAUUGAAUGUUUACCUGUAGAUCGGUCUGAGCUUACAGAGGAAGAUUGUUGUCCUACUGGAUCCCGUUAUGAUUCUCAAACCGCCAUCUUUGGUCGCAAAUUCCACGCCAAGAUUGCCAACUUGAAAUACUUUGUUGUAGGAGCAGGAGCGAUUGGUUGUGAAUUGCUGAAAAACUUUGCCAUGUUGGGUGUUGGUGCUCAAAACGGUUGUGUCACAGUCACUGAUAUGGAUUUGAUAGAGAAGUCAAACUUGAAUAGACAGUUCUUAUUCAGGCCAUCUGAUGUUCAACAAUCUAAAUCAUCAACAGCGGCUAGAGUUAUCAAAGGUAUGAAUCCAGAUAUGAAAGUGAUUGCUCAUGAAAACAGAGUUUGCCCAGAAACAGAGAAAAUAUAUAACGAUGAAUUUUUCGAGGUCCUGGAUGGAGUGGCGAACGCUUUAGAUAACGUUAAUGCUCGUAUUUAUAUGGAUCGUCGUUGUGUAUAUUAUAGAAAACCUCUCUUGGAAUCUGGUACACUAGGUACAAAAGGCAAUACUCAGGUUGUUGUUCCAUUCUUAACAGAAUCUUACAGUUCGUCUCAAGACCCUCCAGAGAAGAGUAUACCAAUCUGCACGUUAAAGAAUUUCCCGAAUGCUAUAGAGCAUACUCUACAGUGGGCUAGAGAUAACUUCGAAGGUUUAUUCCGUCAGGCCGCAGAGAAUGCCGCUCAACAUAUCUCUGAUCCACAGUUUGUCGAGAGAACGCUGAAACUUCCUGGAGUACAACCGUUAGAAGUACUAGAAUCUGUUAAAACAGCACUGGUUGACGAGAGACCAAAAACAUUUGCCGACUGUAUCGCAUGGGCUCGUUGUCAUUGGCAAGAACAAUAUAGUAAUCAGAUUAGACAGCUUCUGUUUAACUUCCCACCCGAUCAAGUAACUUCGAGUGGCCAGCCGUUCUGGUCCGGGCCAAAGAGGUGCCCCGAACCGCUCUCGUUCAAUGUUAACGAUCCACUGCAUUUAGACUAUAUUGUGGCUGCUGCUAACUUGAAAGCAAAAGUCUAUGGAAUCCCUAUAAACAGAAACCGAGAAGAAAUCGCUCGGAUUGCGAGCACUGUAAAAGUACCAGACUUUACACCAAAGUCCGGAGUGAAGAUUGCUGAGACAGAUUCGCAGGUUCAGGUAUCUAAUGGUAGUGGCAACAUAGACCACGAAAGACUGAAUCAAUUACAAGAAGAACUGCCAAAAGUUGACGAUCUCAAUGGUUUAGUGAUCUAUCCUCAGGAAUUCGAGAAAGAUGACGACACAAACUUCCACAUAGACUUCAUUGUGGCUGCUUCAAAUCUCCGCGCUACAAAUUACAAAAUCCCACCGGCUGACAGGCAUAAGAGCAAACUGAUCGCUGGUAAAAUCAUACCGGCUAUCGCUACUACUACUUCCGUCGUGGCUGGUCUAGUAUGUCUCGAAUUAAUCAAGUUGACCCGCGGCGUCAGGGACCUGUCUAUCUACAAGAAUGGCUUCGUCAAUCUAGCUUUGCCAUUCUUCGGCUUCUCGGAACCUAUUGCUGCUCCGAAACUGAAAUACUACGACACAGAGUGGACCCUGUGGGAUCGAUUCGAAGUAAAGGGAGAACUAACACUGAAGGAGUUCUUGGAUUACUUCAAGGAGCAUCACAAUCUAGAGGUCACUAUGUUGUCACAGGGUGUUUGCAUGCUUUACUCAUUCUUUAUGGCCAAGCCUAAAUGUCAAGAACGCAUGGGUCUUCUGAUGUCGGAAGUAGUCAAGAAAGUAUCGAAGAAAAAGUUGGAACCGCAUGUACGUGCCCUGGUAUUCGAACUCUGCUGUAACGAUUCGGACGGUAACGAUGUGGAAGUUCCAUAUGUUCGUUACACCUUGCCGUAAAGCUCGUUGAUGUCGCCGGUUAAUGAGAGAUGUCUACUUAACUGACUUAGCCGUAGUAAUUUCUACAAAUUUCUAUUUUACAAUACGGUACAGGAGAAUAUUAAUCUUCGUCUAUCUAAGGCUCUCGAAGUAAAGAUUCAUUUUUAUCGUCGAUGCUUCGUAGCAUUUCAUAGAAAGCGAUC